AUGCCAGGACUAAGCUGUAGAUUCUACCAGCACAAAUUUCCAGAGGUGGAGGAUGUCGUGAUGGUGAACGUCCGGUCCAUCGCUGAAAUGGGAGCCUAUGUCAGCCUGCUGGAGUACAACAACAUUGAGGGCAUGAUCCUGCUCAGUGAGCUGUCCAGGAGGCGAAUUCGCUCCAUCAACAAACUCAUCCGCAUUGGCAGGAACGAAUGUGUCGUGGUCAUAAGAGUUGACAAAGAGAAAGGUUAUAUUGACUUGUCAAAAAGAAGAGUUUCUCCAGAGGAGGCAAUCAAAUGUGAAGACAAGUUCACAAAAUCAAAGACUGUUUACAGCAUCCUUCGCCAUGUUGCUGAAGUCUUGGAGUACACUAAGGAUGAGCAGCUUGAGAGCCUGUUCCAGAGAACUGCCUGGGUGUUUGAUGACAAGUACAAGAGACCAGGAUAUGGUGCUUAUGAUGCAUUCAAGCAUGCAGUCUCAGACCCUGCAAUCCUGGAUAGCCUGGACCUGACAGAGGAGGAGAGACGUGUGCUAAUUGACAACAUUAACAGGCGUCUGACACCACAGGCAGUCAAAAUCCGAGCUGAUAUCGAGGUGGCCUGUUAUGGUUAUGAAGGCAUAGAUGCAGUAAAAGAAGCAUUGAGAGCAGGCUUGAACUGUUCCACAGAGAACAUGCCCAUUAAAAUUAAUCUGAUAGCCCCUCCUCGUUAUGUGAUGACUACUACAACACUGGAGAGAACUGAAGGACUGUCUGUUCUGAAUCAAGCCAUGGCUGUAAUUAAAGAAAAAAUUGAGGAGAAGAGAGGAGUCUUUAAUGUACAGAUGGAGCCUAAGGUGGUUACUGACACAGAUGAGACUGAGCUUGCAAGGCAGUUGGAAAGACUGGAGAGGGAAAAUGCUGAAGUGGAUGGGGAUGAUGAUGCUGAGGAAAUGGAAGCCAAAACUGAAGACUAAAUGUUUUGGGAUACUUAGAAGAGAGACCAUAUGGAAAAUUAGAAACCCCCAUUGCAAACACUCUGGACUAGAUGUUUCCAGUAUUGAAAACUUCAAAUGCAAAUCCUCAAAGUGUUUUGCUGUUUUAAAAAGACCAAAAUGUUAAAGGCUCUUCUAAAUAACAUUUGAUGCAGCAACUUACACAAAUAGAAUCCUUUGAAAGGAAGGUGCCUAGUCAAACUCAAGACACAGAUCUGGUCAGAAGGAGCUUGCAGCCCUUUGCUUAACACUUUCAUACAUAACAAUUCCUAAUGGGUGAUUACAGCUCAGUGCAUCUAUUAAUGUUCUUUCCUGGGAGCAACAAAACAAAGGAAGCAGAGCAAUUCCAUACAGAAUGUAUUUGAGAAAACACUCAAUAAAUUUCUGGGCUAUGUAUCUCC